AUGACAACCGCCAAAUUCCACGUUGCAAAAGGGGACAAUGGCAACUUACUUUGCUCAGAAACUGCAGCAGAACUCGGGUUAAUAACAUUGAACAUACAUAACGUAAGCAAAGACAAACCGGAAGUAAACACAACUACAAAAGUAAACACAACUGUGAAAGUGCCAAACGAAUUCACACCUGAGGCAGAAGCCACUGAAUUCAUUCAAAGUCUGACAAAUGAGUACGAGGACUUAUUCAGAGGAAUUGGGUGCCUGAAAAACUUCAAACUUAAGCUACACAUAAACCCUAACGUCAAGCCAGUUGCGCAACCAGAAAGGCGUAUACCAUUUCACAUCUGGGAGAAAGUAACUCACGAACUGGACAAGUUAACAAAGCAAGGUAUCAUCAAGCCCUGUUCUGGCCCAACUCCUUGGGUCUCGCCCCUAGUUGUAGUACCAAAACCGAAGAACCCAGAAGAAACAAGAAUAUGUGUUGACAUGCGUAUGCCCAAUACAGCGAUAAUUCGUGAGCGCCAUCCCAUGCCUACUGCUGACAAACUUAUCCACAAGCUAAAUGGCGCAAAAGUCUUCUCAAAACUCGAUCUUCGCCACGGAUACCACCAAAUUCUCUUAGCUCCUGAGUCUCGUUACAUUACGACCUUUCGUACCCAUAAAGGACUGCACUGCUAUGUCCAACUUAACUAUGGCACAUCAGCAGCCUCAGAAGUUUUCCAAUAUGCUAUCAGCCAAGCCAUUGCUGGCAUUGACGGAGUUGUCAACAUCAGUGACGACAUACUCAUAUUCUUUAAAACACAGAUUGAUCAUGACACAGCCCUUAAAACUGUAUUUGAAUUAUUGCCACAAGUCGGCCUCACCCUCAACAAAUCGAAAUGUGCUUAUAACAAGAGUACAUUGGAGUUCUUUGGUAUGAUUUUCUCUGCAGAUGGAGUCAGUCCGGACCCAAAGAAAAUAGAAGCUAUCGUCAAUGCUCCCCAUCCAACCAAUGUGUCGGUGGUGAUGCAUAUUCCCGGUACCCAGAAGUCAAAAUUGUACAUUCAACAUCAGCAGCAGCACUUAUCCUGA